GGGCUGUUAUAUUGAAAAAUAACAUGGUUCAGCCCACUAACUGCAUGCUGCAUGUCGAGUAAAUUCAAAACUCACAUGCAAAUGCUGGUGCAGAAGAAUUAUUUACAUCUGAUGGAUAUAUUCUUUGCUUAUUGCAUAGUAAUGAGCUUCUGACAAGCGCAACCUUUCAUAAGACAACCCACAUUAUUGGCUUCCUGCCCAGAAUAUUGCUGCAACAUUAUCUGUGAUUGGUUAUCUUCCUAUCAUGCAUUGCUUCACAAGGGAAACAGCCCCUUUUUUUAAUAAAUCUACGAUGGCUGUCUGCAAUAUGCUACUCUGUUGGUACUAAGAAGUGCCUUUCCUGACGUCUCUGCUGCUUGGACCCGCUUGUAGAGCAGUCUCUGCUUUUGCCUUGCUUGCUGCCAGCUACACUGCAACGAGAGCCCAUCCACCCUUCUCAUCUAGACAGCUCCCCCCUAAUCCUGUUCUUAAUCAAGUGAAAUUCUUGUGCGUAAGGCAGUUUUAUACUGUUAUAUAGUAGCAAAAAACAAUCUGGUGAAAAACUAAGUUAUCUGCUGCUAAAGAAUCAAGGAGAGACAGAGGGACAGUGAGUUAAACCCCCAUUAUUGUUCUGUAGUGCUACAUCUAUAUAUGCCAAACUAAUCAAUACCCAUCGCACCGCAGAACCCAGUUGAAUUGCCAGUUCAGCUGUGUGGAGAUUACCUUUCAGAAAACUUUACUGAGAGAAGCUUGGAAGUUUUGUGCCAGCACAGGGGCUGCCACGUUUUUCAUGCUUGCAUUUUGGGCUGAAUAUCAGAACUCCAAAUGGGUUGCUGAGAGUACAGAGAAGUUCCAGGCCACUAUUUAAUUUCGCCAAAUGAUUUUAACAUUGCAGGACACAUAAUCUGUUAUUUCUAAGGUUGUCGGUGAAGAGCGAGAGUGGGAUAUCUGUAUGCAGACACAGACCGCAGAGUUUUACAGUUUAAAAAAAAAAAACACGACAAAAAAAAAAAAGGAAAUCAAAAAGGCUGGAGUUUGGCUUUAUUUCUCGACUUUUGAGAAGUUUUUAACUACCUGUAAGUUUUAAGUAUGGCUGUUAGUAUGGCACAGAUUCGGGACACAAAAUGGCUAACGCUGGAGGUGUGUCGGGAGUUUCAAAGAGGAACUUGCUCACGGCCAGACACAGAAUGUAAAUUUGCACACCCAUCGAAAAGCUGCCAAGUUGAAAAUGGACACGUAAUCGCCUGCUUUGAUUCACUGAAAGGUCGUUGUUCAAGGGAGAACUGUAAAUAUCUCCAUCCGCCACCGCACUUAAAAACACAGUUAGAGAUAAAUGGACGGAAUAACCUGAUUCAGCAAAAGAACAUGGCCAUGCUGGCCCAGCAAAUGCAGCUAGCCAAUGCAAUGAUUCCCGGUACUCAGCUCCAGCCUAUGCCAAUGUUUUCAGUCGCACCGAGCUUAGCCACCAAUGCAACAGCAGCCUUUAAUCCAUACCUGGGGCCUAUGUCACCGGGCCUUGUACAAGCUGAAAUUCUUCCUUCUGCACACAUGCUUGUUGCUGGGAAUCACGGAGUUGCAAUGCCAUCGGCUGCAGCAGCGGCUGCACAGAAGUUAAUGAGAACAGACAGACUGGAGGCCAGCUACAAUCAGGCAGCUGCAGUGCGAGCUUCCCCACGUUACUCAACCAAUGACCUCAGCCCCGAUGUGGAGGGAGCACCCACUUUAUGGGUGAGAGGUAGUUCAGUCUCCAUGCCAGCUCAAUCCUGGGCCUCUCCUGAGCAGAGACUACCAGUUGCGCCAAAUUAUGUUUGGUGGUUUUGUGAUGUGGACUCCUGCCCUAUGGGAACUGAGCUGAGACCAGCAAACUCAUUUCACUUAGGACAUCAAGCUGGACUUGACCCCCGGUCCCAGAAGAGAAAGGUGUGUCGAGAGUAUCAACGUGGCAACUGUAACAGAGGGGAAAAUGAAUGCCGGUUUGCCCACCCAGCAGAGAGUGCAAUGAUUGAUACCAACGAUAACACAGUUACUGUGUGCAUGGAUUACAUCAAAGGAAGAUGUUCACGGGAAAAGUGCAAAUACUUCCACCCUCCAGCUCACUUGCAAGCCAAGAUCAAGGCUGCACAAUACCAGGUCAAUCAAGCUGCAGCUGCUCAGGCAGCAGCCACUGCAGCAGCCAUGACUCAGUCGGCUGUCAAAUCACUGAAGCGACCCCUCGAGGCAACCUUUGACCUGGGAAUUCCUCAGUCUGUACUUCCCCCAUUACCAAAGAGGCCUGCACUUGAGAAAACCAAUGGUGCCACCGGAAUGUUUAAUACGGGUUUUUUCCAGUACCAACAGGCUCUUGCCAACAUGCAGCUCCAGCAGCAGGCAGCCUUUUUCCCUCCAGGCUCAAUAUUGUGCAUGACACCCGCUGCAAAUGUUGUUCCCAUGGUGCACGGUACAGCACCGGCUACUGUGUCCGCAGCAGCAACAUCUGCCACAAGUGUUCCCUUCGCUGCAACAGCCGCAGCCAACCAGAUACCCAUAAUAUCUGCAGAUCAUCUGAGUAGUCACAAGUAUAUUACACAGCUCUAGAGAUCGUUUCCCAAUGCAACCAUACUGAGGAGAAAAGGACAGAGAACUUGAAGAAAUCUACAGGCCAAGGCCAUUAGCCAUAGUAUGCAUACAGUACAAACCAGAGACAGAACGUGUCCCACAGUGCAUGCUGAACAAUGCAAAGAUCGACAUGGAUUCCCAUCACACACAUUGCAAUCUAUAUAUCAUUUGUACAAUUUAUUGAUAUUUGUGUUGAAGAAAUAUUACUAUCUCAGUAAAAAAACAUAUCCUGUCUUUUCAAAAAGCGAAUUGCAUACAUACAUCUCUUAGUGCCAGCUACCUGCCCAUCAAGUGUUCUGGCUUCUUCUCGCAUUGAAAAUGCAGACUAUGUUAUAAACAUCUAUCUCAAAUGUGUUGGUACGUCUUUAGACCAAGAUUAGGAGUUUUCAUUAUUUUCUUUCAAGGUUUACAAAUAACAAAAGGUGCACCUUGUAUUUAAAAGUUACCAUUGUGGCUGAGAGUAUGCAUGCAAAGUAGUUUUAUAAGGAUAAUAUUUUUCUUGUUAUAGAUUGUAAGAGGUGGCAAGAGGUCUGACACAGAUGAAUGUGCCAAGCAAACCACAGCUGUGUAUGUUUUUAAAGUACAUUAAGGCUUUAAGUAUGGUAUUACUAAGUGUUCUCAUGAAGUGCCAUUGACCGUACAUCAUUAUAGAGUAUUAUUUGCAACAGUGUUAUUAUUAUUUUUACAGAAAAAUCACAUUUUUGUGCUAUUAUGGGUCAGCCAAGGGCCCUAUUGGAUUUUCAAAGCCAAAGUUCUCACAGAAAUUAGCUAUACCUUAGAUGCGUAGAUGGCAUCACUAGAAAUGGCAUCCUUUUAUGUGGCUUUAAAUAAUGUAUCAGAGAUAAAAAAAAUAUCCCAGUGUAUUGAUGACAUGCAUUGUGUUGUACAGGGUGAUUAGUUACCUUUACUGGAGCAAUUAAACAAUACAAGUUACCAACCGCAGUGUGCGCCUGAACGUGGCAAUACUUGAAUUGCUCCACUGGGCACCAUCUAGUGGCUGCCGGCAUGCAAAACAAUUGAAUUCCCCCAUAGUGGUGAGGAGCAGCGUUAGCCUUUUGUUGUAUAGGAUAACAUAACAUAAUUAAACUAUUAUUUCAGUUUGGUCAGCUAGCAGAAGCUAAGACAUAAGCUUCCUGGCAGAAGCAAAAUAAUGCCAAAGCAAGCAGAGCAUACUGUUUUUACUCAGAUCCACAUUUGUUCCAAUCUUUUUUUACGAAGUGAUCCCUGCUAUGUAAAAUGGCAUAAACAGCUCUCGUCUGUGCUUCAUUUGUAAUGGAACGCUGGUGUUUGCAGUGGAAAACUCAGGUAAAAUUACCGCCUGCUCACCAGUUACCGAGCACAGUGCUCAGAGGCUUGCAUUCUUUUUCCAUGUUUGCAUAACAUUUGUACAGCACGUACUGAGUGUUUUUUAAAUGGUUUAAUUUGCAGUUUCACAGAUUUUUAUGGUCCUGCCCAUGCAGUGGUGAUUUAUUACAACCAACUUUAUUGUCACUGGAAAUGUAGAAACGUCUAUCUAUGCAUAGUACUACAAAACCUUUGGUGGUCCCUGACUUGUACUUUAGCACAUUUUAUCUCUUCCCUGAAACACAGACAUAACUAUGCACAAAUAUUUAGAACUGAAUUGUUCCUAAGAAUAAAAUGGAUGAAAUGAUAGCUCAGUUUUAAAUGUCCUGUGUCUUUUAUGACCAUAUCAAAAAUAAAAGUAAUUCCACAUUUACAACACUCACGGGGCAUCCAGUUAGCUGCAAUAAUUUUUCAGCCGAUAAAAUCAGCCUGAUGGCCCAAUUUUUGACCGAUGGUUAUUAGCAAUUAGGCUGUUUUUUAUUAGGCAAAAAAGGACCCGCCUUUUGUGCAAUAACACAUGGGAUCCGGGAUAAGUUCUUGGACCUAUGUGUUAUCGCGCCUCAGAGGGCUGGUUAUCGGGGAUUAUGCUUCGACUUGAAGAAUAAUCCCUGAUAAAUGCAGGUUAUCGGGACAAAUUAGAUAGCCCCCAGUGAACCUAUUAGCAGCGGUAAAUUACUGCUGCUAAUAGGAUUGCCCCCUUAGGGGGAGAUGUACUAAGCAGUGAAAAAAGCGGAGAAGUGAGCCAGUGGAGAAGUCCAUGGCAACCAAUCAGCAUUGAAGUAACAUUUAUAAUUUGCAUACUUUAAAAUUAUACAGAGCAGUUGAUUGGUUGCCAUGCGCAACUUUUGCACUGGCUCAUUUCUCCACUCUUAUCACUGCUUUCCCCUUAGUCUUUUUUACUGCUGAUACUUGUGUCUAUAUAGAAACAGACCUGAAUAAAUAUUUGUUUUUAUUAGUGCUGUAACUUUAACCAGUUUUUAUUUCCUGAAAAUGAUAUCUGCAUAACAGGUAGCAAGCUGCUGGUAGUUGCCCAGUGAGAGCAGCUGACUGCUGCACAUCAGGAAAGUUUGUCAAAUAAAAAAAAAAAAAACUUCUUUUCUUUCAAUGCUUUGGUCAUAUUACUGAUUCCUUGAUUGAAAAUAAAUCUUUCAGGUGAAAAGUGUUUUUGUAAAAAUAGGUGAGUAUCCUGUAAUGAAUGUAAUUUUUUUUCUGAUCUGGAAUCACUAUUUUUGCAAGUGCUGCUGUCUCCACAUGAGCCUCUCACAUCGGUCAGGUCACACUUUGUGAUAACUGGCCUGAUUUGGAUUUGUACGCAAACCCAAUGGUUUAUAUACAUAUCCGAUUGUUGGGGGUCUAUGCAUGUGCAGAACGGGUCCUGUGAUAUCGCUUGCAGUCCCCUCUUAGCCGCAGCACGAUUGACAUGCUGCAGCGUUUGGGGGGCAGUAACCGGGUACGUUUUGUAGGUGUGCUGAGUCAUUUGUCUGAACUGUUACCACGCCCAGUCUGAGUAAGCUUCAGCUGAGAAAUAUGACAGAGUGCUGUGACCGAUGGUGACAAUGGUGAUCCGAUGCUGUGCCUUUAGAAGUAGCACUCGGAUCGUAGAUGCAUACAGGAGGCGUCUAUCUCCUACAGAUGCCUCCUGCUGCAAUUGCAUUUCAUUUGUACAGUAUUGCACAGCCACUUCCCUGCGGCUGCAUCUGUGCAAAUUAGAAUUAGAAUCCAAUAGUCUCUCAAUUAGACUGAUCGCAACUGCAUGGGGCAGUGGUUCCCAAACUGUGUGCCUAGGCACCCUGGGGUGCCUCGGGACACAUGCAGGGGUGCCUUGGAUUGGUGGUCCAGGACUAAUUAAAAUUAUUUAUGGUCAAUGUUAUAGGCAAAACCAGUGCUGGUGGCUGCUAAUCAUAAAAUAUGUGGACAAACGGAAACAAAUCUUGUCACUCACCACACAGUUCAACUUAUGGAUGACAUAUAAACACAAUUUACUUAAUUUUAUAUUUCUUUCUAAAUUUCUCAAUAAGAAGAUUUUGUCCUGGAGGUGCCGUGAAAAAAAAUCUUAUGCUCUAGGGCACCAUGAUUCCAAAAAGUUUGGAAACCACUGGCAUAGGCUGUAUAUAAUCAUAGCAGGGUUGUGUAUAAUCCUAGCAGUAUAUAAAUAAUAAUAGUCACAAGCAAAAGUGACAAGUACAGUAAAAAACAUGCAGCUCAGCAAAAACUAUGGAAAAAUGCAGUCUUUUGUACAAAAUGAUAUCUACACAAAGUAUAUCAUAAAUGUGCAAUCUUUAAAUCUAUAUACAGUAUAUAUUUACAUUUAGUGCUUACUACUGUAACUGUACGCCAUACAUGAAGUGAAAUGUCCACAGUUAAUCUACAUUAUAUUAGCAAGAUGUAAUAUAUGGCCCUGCCUAGGUAGGCACCUCUACUGUAAAUGCAAAUUGAUAGGGUCAAAGAUUGGAAUUAACCUACUCCGUUCUGAUUGUUUUUACUUAUCACCCUUCCUACAGUAUGUAAACGCCUUUAAAUUUGCACUUAUAUUGCCUUAAUAAUAUACAUAUUUUAAUGUCACUCAUCUCUUCUGUACCUACAGUAGUUAUUCAGAAAUCUAAACAUUGCAGUUCCACUAACAAAUAGUGUGGCCUUGUAAAAUAAUCACUGAAAGAAUGGUGCCAUUUGAUGCAACUAGUGAGUGCAUUACAUAGAUGUUUAAGAACAGUGUCCUUCAUUCAGUCCCAUCUAGAAUUGAAACUGCAUCUACACAGAGAUUUGUAUAGGAUGGACGGGUGUGGUAUAGGUUGACAGUGUCUAGGUCGACAGAAACUAGGUUGACAGGGUUUCCAGGUUGACAUGGUCUAGGUCGACAUUAGUUCUUUUUGGGGGGUGUCGUUUUCUCCGUACAGUGACUGGGAACCCCAGUUAGUGCACCGUGUCCCCUCGCAUGGCUCGCCAUGCUUCGGGCAAGGUGCCUCGCUCUGUUACCACUGCACUUGGCACAGGUUACUAUUCCCAAUCGUAGUCCACGUGGGUCGUUAAGUAUGAAAAAGUUCAAAAAAAGAAAAAAAUUGUGGAAAAACGCAUGUCGACCUAGAACAUGUCGACCUAGUUACUGUUGACCUAGACAUUGUCGACCUAAGUGUGGUCGACCUAGAGACCGGAUACCAGGUUGGACUGUGUCACAGAAUGCUGCUACUUUCCCUUAUAACAGGAUCACCAGAACAUGUUUAGUUAUAGCUGUGCUGUAUAUCUGUACCAUAAAUUAUUAAACAUCCAGUAUACUAAAGUACUCUUUCAGUAAUACUCAUAUCUGAGACCUAGUAUGUACAUUAUGCAUUAACCUAAAGUAUAUAGAAUUAGUUUUAUGCUUGUUUGUGUGUGUGUGUGUGUGUGUGUGUGUGUGUGUGUGUGUGUGUGUAUAUAUAUAUAUAUAUAUCUAUCUAUAUAUAUAUAUAUACAGUUGAUCUAUUGGCUGGAACACCAUUUAUCAUACACAACGAGUUUUAUCGUUCAUAAUAAGUGAACAUGUUGAUAAAUAGGCCCCUCUGUGUUAAUUGAAAUUUUGGGAUUAUAAAAGGAUGAGCUAUUUCUGUGAUGCCAUAAAACAAAUGAUUACAGUAAUCCUAAUUGUUACUGUACGGUAUAUCUAAUCUCUGUGAAAACUUUGUAUUCAUUGAUAGAAAGGCAUGAAAGUUCAAUUAACCCAUAGCAGAGACUUUACGGAUUAUAGAAAAUUACACCAAAAUCUAAUUGAUGCAUCUUUCAAAUUGUAUCUGAAUGAAACAUUAUAUAUUUUGUAAACUUUGGGUGAACACUUUCUGUUGCUGGCAGAUAAACCUGCAAUACAUUUGCUGAUUAAGGUGUUAUCAAUUAAAACUUCUGGUAAACAGGUAUCAAUUAAGAAACCCCUGUAGUAAUAUAUACAACACUUUAAUUCUCGUAGCUGGAGCUAAUUGUACUGAAGGAAAGUCCUUUAGCUGGGUACACACUAGACGAUAUUUUGGACAAUUUGUCGAUUUGAGCCGAAUCGGAAUGACAAAUCGUCCACAUUGGCCAGUGUGUAUGCACUAUUGCGCGCUCCCAUGCGUCAUUUUACGCAUACUCAGAUCUGCAGACCUGAAGAUAUCGUUAACAUUUUACUUCAAAUUGUCUAGUGUGUACACACUACCUGAUAUAUAUAUAUAUAUAUAUAUAUAUAUACAUAUAUACACACAUAUAUAUUGUUAACGACCAAACGACCUAGUGAAGCACAAUAUAUCAUUAGGUUGUUUGAAGGAUUGUUCAGUGUGUACGCACUAUAUCGUUUGUUCUGUAGUUCAAGGGAAAUCGGGAUGACCAUUGCAUCGUGUGCACCCAGCUUUUGACUGACACAGUACAGCAUACAGUAUGUCUGCAUAUAGCAUGCCUAAGGGGAACCCGCAUGCACUGCAUGAUGUUCCAUUAGUGCCACAUCUUUCCAUGUCUUUAGGGAGUGGAUUCAAGUAGCUGCGAUCAGCAUCACCCAUUGUGCAUUUAUCUGUCUAUUGCAGUAGGCAGAUUCUUCUAGAAGCUUCAUACACUGUGAGCAGAAUCUGCCAGUACCCAUUAGCUUUGGGACAUGCAUGUCCCUAUUUUACCUGUGCCACAGUAUCUUAAGUUCUAAGUGAAACCCAUUUCAUACAGAACAUGUUUUAAACCCACCCCGCCAGAUCUUAAUCGCAGACAACUUCUAAAGAGGAAAAUUGGAGGAGUCUUCAGUAACAAGCAAUCAGACUCUAGCUAUCAUUUUCUAGAUAAAUGUCUGCUAUAAUCUAAUUGGUUAUUGAGAGUGACACCCCAACUUUUCAUUUUUGAAUCCACCAUUUGUCCUUUGUUGCAGUUUAUAACCCUCAGCAUAUGUCUUGCAUUAUCUUAAAGCAAUUGGUCCAUGAAAAACUCUGUUCAAUCUAAUAUCUCAAUAUUAUAGUGCAGUAUUAUAAUAUAUUAGAUGCGCAUCUAUUUCACCUAGCGGAUUUCUUUUAUUUCCGGAAAAUCUGCAGCCGGGAAUCGUUCAUAAAUAGAAGCGGCUGCAGAGUCACAAACACUUAUGGUUGAAUCAGAGGAUAUGACGAUCAAUCACAUGGUGUAUUGCAAAUGUUAUGUCCUUACGAAAUUAUUUUGGUAUCAGACUGAAGUUGAUUUUAAUGAUUGUACUGUGCAUCUACUAAAGCCUUAGAUUACAUUACGGGUUGAAACCCAAACCAAUGUAAUUUCAGUUGUGUUAAGAAAGUAUAAGUGACUUUACAUUUUAUGAUAAUUACUUACAUCGUUGAAUAGUACUUUUUUCUCUUGUUAAAAUGUAAUUUUUAAUUUCAUACAUUUAUUUCUAUUACAAGUUAAAUACUGUUUUUAGUUUGUAGUUGUUUUUUUUAAAGUAGAUUUUACUGAUAACUUUUUCAAAAUACAAAAAAAAGAAUAAAAAGUAGUUUUAUUUUCUUCAUACCAUACUCAGUUCUGAAUUUACAUGUAUUGUCAUAUAAGUAUUUGUAUUAUUGUUAACUAAAUGAUUUAUAUUUUACUGACUUAAUAUUGCAGUGUAAGAAUAUCAGUCAUUGUUAGUUUUCACUAAGAGAACAAAGAUCUUUUGUAUGGAUAUCUUAUAUUAUAUAAUCAUUAAAAAGUGAGGUGUUAUGUUGUUGCUACGGCAACAAUCCUGGCAGACAAUUAAGUAAUAUUUUGAUGAGUUAUUUUGUUUGUAAUUAGUUAUAAGAAAAUAGUUCCUAGAUAUUAGAGUAAAAUUUAUUUUCUACUGUAUCCAUUUCAGAUGUUAAAAUAUUGUUUUAAUAUUUUUGGAAAUCCCUGAAUAUCAGGCCUUGUUAUAAAUAAGCUGCAUAAUCAAUAAAUCAAGGGACUUUUUUUGUUGAUAAUCCAAAUAUUCAAAGUUUACGUAAUGAAUAAGAGUGUGCAUACUCUUGAAGGUUGAUUAUGCUGCAAUUUUGCAUGUCGGAAAGGAUAGGGAGAAGUUGACUUUUUGCACUUCUGUAUAUAGUCAAAAUAAAGAGAGAAACAUGUAUUAUAGUAAGAUCUUAUUUUGAAUAAAAAUGUCUAUUAUUACAAGGAGUUUUGUUAAGGUUCAUAAUAUGACAGGCUGAACAAAAUUGCUUGCAAAGUGGCAGUUAGCACUCCAUAAUCGCUAAAGAGUUGCUUUGCUUCAUGUGAUCAGCUUGUACAGUAGUUUGCCAGGAUUAUUUAGCUGGGCAGAAAUAACCAUUUUCUGAGAUCAUAAAACCAACAAAUACUGACUCUCUCACUGGUCAGCAUCUGCCUGAACAGCAUUACACAAACAGUGCAGAUACGUCAGCCAUUAAAAGGUAGAUUAAUGGAUCAAGUAAUCCAUACAUUACUCAAAACAGCUGCAUGUUUGAAAUAUCACAGGAAAUAGGCAAUAUUAAGGGUAUAUAUACUAUUCAAUUCAAUUUCAGACAGUUAGUAGUUUAUUGUUCACAAAACAGAAACAAAAUACUGAAUUUCACAAAGCAGUAACGUACAGCUGUUGCCCACACACACUGGAUUGUUAUUUUUUUUGUGAGAUGAGCCAAUAUACAACCUAACAAUUCACUACAUAAGAUUUCUGAGGUAUGAGGCACAAUCUGCCACAGUGGUGUUACUAGUAAUGGUUUUGAAUUGAUUGCAUUGUGAUAUUUGGUCAGCUCACAAAAUGGAUGCCUCCACAACGUGGCCACAACAUGUACACUUUCUAAUCAUAAGCAGGCAAAGCAUACAGCUCACAUAAGCUGUAGUACUAAAGUAGUUUUAUUUUAUUUGUUUGCUUUAAUUUGUUCUUUUAGCAGAUGAUUUGUAUAUAAGUACUUAAUAAAUUGCACUCACCAAACAGUAUAAUGUUUAAACCAAAGUUAAAAAUGAAUUUAUUAUUAUUAUUGUUAUUGGACCAUUUUGUUACCCAGAAGUCACACUGGCAAAUACCUAAGUUGCACUUAAAUUGAAUUGUUGAACUUUUCAUCUGCUAGAAGGACAGAUGAGCCUGAUUUUGCUAUUGUAUAACCACAAACUUAUUUUUUUGCUUGUAGUUGCUAAAACCUAUGUACUCUGUCUUCGGCUGCAGGUUGUUUUUAUGCUUAUUUUAUUCUUAAUGCUAAUAGGUGACCAUGUUGUAUGAAAAUAAAGUGAAAUUGCCCUAAUAAAACUUAUCUUUAUGGA